UCCUCACGUUGAUUUGGAAGCGAUGGACGUGAACAGUCUUGCUAUACUAUACUGGUAUUAUCGCCGUCAGCGUCGUAGAAAAAGAUUGUGGUUAAACCCAAUAGUACAAAGAAGAUCAACAGUUGGUGCCUUUACAACUCUAAUGCAGCAGUUAAGAAAUGAUCCACAAAUUUUUUUUAACUACUUUAGAAUGACUAUACCUACAUUUGAUAAUCUUUUGAAAAAAGUGGAAAAAGAUUUGAAAAAGCGUGAUACAAAUAUGAGGAAAAGCAUUAGACCAGAAGAAAAAUUAGCGAUAUGUAUAAGGUACUUGGCAUCUGGGUGUUCAUUCAUGGAAUUACAUUAUACAUACCGAGUGGGAGUCUCAACAAUUAACUCAAUAAUAGUAGAAGUAACAAAUGUCAUUUGGAAUAAUUUGCAUCAAGAGUUUAUGAAGUUGCCCGACACAAAAUAUGAGUGGGAACAAAUUGCUGACGCAUUUAAUACUAAAGCUAAUUUUCCUCAUUGCAUUGGUGCAGUUGAUGGGAAGCACAUAAGAUUGAAGAAAUCAAAUCAAAGCGGUUCUAUGUACAUUAAUUACAAGAAUUUUUUUUCCAUUGUAUUGCUAGCGGUAGUGGAUUCAAACUAUAGAUUCAUCUAUAUCAGCGUAGGCUCUUAUGGCAAAGAAUGUGACUCCUCUAUAUUCAAAGAAUGUACUUUCUGGAAAAGAUUAAAUGAUGGCAGUUUAGAUUUACCAGAAGCUCGUCCUCUCUCUACAGGUUUGGAAUCACGUGUUCCAUUUGUGAUAGUGGGUGAUGAAGGAUUUGGUUUGCAUUACAAUCUAUUGAGACCCUAUGGAGGAACUCAUUUAGAUAAAAAUAAAAGGAUAUUUAACUAUCGAUUAACAAGAGCCAGACGUUAUGUGGAGUGCGCAUUCGGAAUAUUGGCAAAUAAAUGGCGAAUAUUUCAUCGUCCACUGUUUCCACGUAAACACCAGUACAGCUACCUCGAUAGUUAAAACUUGCGCUGUGCUUCAUAACUAUAUCAUGCACAACAAUGAAAUGUCAUAUGCAAACAUUGACAGCAACGAUUCAACGAUAUCUCUGGAAAAUGUACGUAAUGAGCAAAAUACGCGAGGUGGACGCUGUGCUAACACAAUACGAACAGAGUUCACAAAUUAUUUUGUUUCUGAAGUGGGAGCUGUACCGUGGCAAGAUGAUGUAAUAUAAACGAAAUAAAUAAAAACUUACCAUAGCUUUGUCGUUCUUUUUCCUCCAUUUCUUGAAAGUCUUCUCUCAAAACAGUACAAACUUCGCGCCAUGCUGCAGUUCGCAAGUUGGUAUCUUUAUAAUUUUCCAGAGUUUUAUCCCAUAUUAUAGGCUUACUUUCAAUUAGUGUAAUAAGAAGUUCGAGGUCAAUAUUUGUUUUCGUCAUUUUUCGACAAAACACAACCUUCCUCGGCGCUGCGCAAAUUAAGACAGCGCGAGCGGAGCGCUACACA